AUGCAUCUUGCUAAAUUCAAAGUGAGUGCUUCUUCACUCCGAUCAUUCCGAUUGUUAGUAUUCGUUAAGAAAGCACAUUACCAUCACGGAACCCAUGAUAUAGAUCUAUUCCAUGACAAAAAUUGGAUUGUCAGAGGGCCCAAAUUCCUCCAUUUGCCUGAAAGUGAGCGGACAAAACUAGACAUAUUCCAAUUCAAUAUCAAUCGAGGUGAAAGCGACAAUGUUUAUCUGCAGGAUUCCUGUUUCAAAGAUAAUCUUGACAAAGCGAUGCAAUUCAUCUAUAACGAAAAAUUAUCAUCCUUGGACGCCAAACAAGUACCGAUAAAGAAUCUUGCUUGGUUGAAGUUAAGAGAUUCUAUAUAUCAACAACUAAAAGAUCCGAGGCAGCAAUCUCAAACUUACGUACCUCCGAUAAGUGAAAUUAUACAUCCUUCCUCCCCAAAUAACUUAGUCCCAUUGCUGAUAAAUUGCAAUAAAAUCAACAACUCCAUUUGGAAAGCAAUCCUGAAAAAUGGCCAGAGCAACGAUAUUAGCACUUUGGAUAAAUUUAUUCACAUUUUGCAACAAACUUUCGACCAUACGUAUGAACAGAAUAUAUUACCCAUGAUGAUGAAUGCAAAUGAUACAGAUGGCGCCCACAAUGUUGAUAUAACAAAUCCGGCGGAAUGGUUCUCAGAGGCAAGAAAGAUUAGAAGGCAUAUAAUCAUGCAUAUUGGACCUACAAAUUCCGGUAAAACCUAUAGAGCACUACGGAAACUAAAAUCCGUGGACCGCGGAUACUAUGCAGGACCAUUAAGAUUAUUAGCGAGAGAAGUAUAUGAUAGAUUUCAAAAUGAAAAAGUCAGAUGUAAUUUGUUGACUGGCGAGGAAGUUAUUCGCGAUUUAGACGAUAAGGGAAAUCCGGCGGGGCUUACCUCAGGCACGGUAGAGAUGGUGCCAAUAAACCAAAAAUUUGAUGUUGUUGUUCUUGAUGAGAUUCAGAUGAUGUCUGAUGUGGAUCGUGGUUGGGCUUGGACAAACGCACUGUUGGGUGUAGUCUCCAAGGAGGUUCAUCUUUGUGGUGAAAAGAGCGUUCUGCCUUUGGUCAAAAGCAUCGUUAAAAUGACCGGCGAUAAACUGACAAUUAACGAAUAUGAGAGAUUAGGAAAAUUAACCGUUGAAGACAAACCCGUGGUAGAUGGUAUCAAAGGUUUACGUAAAGGAGACUGUGUGGUUGCAUUUUCGAAGAAGAAAAUCUUGGAUCUCAAGCUAAAAAUUGAGAAGGAUACCAGUUUGAAAGUAGCUGUAAUAUAUGGUUCUCUACCACCAGAAACGCGUGUUCAACAAGCUUCCCUAUUUAACAAAGGAGAAUAUGAUGUAAUGGUAGCAUCAGAUGCUAUCGGUAUGGGGCUAAAUCUAUCUAUUGACAGAGUUGUGUUCACCACGAAUAUGAAAUAUAAUGGUGAGGAACUAAUGGAAAUGACCUCCUCCCAAAUCAAACAAAUAGGUGGUCGUGCGGGAAGAUUCAAGUCUAGAUCCACCAGUGACGACAUUCCUCAAGGUUUUAUUACCAGUUUCGAAUCGAAAGUCCUGAAAAGUGUAAGAAAAGCUAUAGAGUCACCAGUCGAAUAUUUGAAAACUGCCGUUACGUGGCCUACAGAUGAAAUAUGUGCUCACUUAAUGACUCAAUUCCCACCAGGUACGCCGGCUAGCGCCUUGUUGCAAACUAUUUCAGAUGAGCUGGAAAAAAGCUCUGACAAGUUGUUCACCCUAUCUGAUUUGAAGAACAAGGUGAAAAUCAUUGGAUUAUUCGAGCAAAUGGAGGAUAUUCCAUUUCUCGACAAACUGAAGCUAAGCAACGCUCCCGUUAAGGAUAUGCCUAUGGUCACAAAUGCGUUUACGAAAUUCUGUGAAACAAUAGCGAAGAGGCACACAAGAGGUCUAUUGUCGUACCAAUUGCCUUUCAACCUGCUGAACUACAAUUGUAUACCCAACGAAAGUUAUUCGCUGGAAGUUUACGAGUCAUUGUACAACAUCAUCACACUAUAUUUCUGGUUGAGUAACAGAUACCCAAACUACUUCAUUGACAUGGAAUCUGCCAGGGACAUGAAAUAUUUCUGCGAAAUGAUUAUCUUCGAAAAACUUGAUCGUUUGAAGAAGAACCCCUACGCACGCAAGCCAUUUGCCCCGACAAAAGGCCACUUUCCUUCUUCGAAAAGAAGAUCCCAUACAUAA